UCUGUCCCACUACUGGUAGCGUUACUACUAUUGGUUUGGUUGAUUGAUUGACAUUUCUUCCUGGGUCCUUUUCCUUUUUCAUUUUUUUCCCGGCUUUUUAUUGUCUUCCACAACUUAAGAGUUUCACUUAUUCGGAGAAAUUUUUGUUUCUUUUAUCUUUCUAUUGUCUUCUUGGGUAAUUUGUAUUAGUUUGAAAGUUGUGGGUCUCUGCAUUGUGGAGAAGAAUUUGAGAGAAGAGAAUGAGUGGAGGCGGAGAAGCGGAAGGGACGACCCUGGAGUUCACUCCGACGUGGGUGGUCGCUGCCGUCUGCACCGUUAUCGUCUCCCUCUCACUCGCUGCCGAACGCAUCCUUCACUACACCGGAAAGUAUCUGAAGCACAAGAAUCAGAAGCCUUUGUAUGAAGCUUUGCAGAAGGUUAAAGAAGAAUUGAUGCUGUUGGGUUUUAUAUCACUGCUGUUGACUGUGUUUCAAGGAAGCAUAGUCAAAUUAUGUGUGAAAGAAUCUGUAACGCUGCACCUCCUGCCAUGCUCAUCGAACGAGAGGAAGGGAUCUUCUCACACUAUUCCGGAAACACCUGCUCAUCGGCGCUUACUUGCAGAGGGUUCAGCUAAUGCUGGUUAUUGUGCUGCAAAGCACAAGGUCCCACUGUUAUCAGUUGAGGCAUUGCAUCAUCUCCACAUCUUUAUUUUUGUUCUAGCCAUUGUACAUGUGACUUUUUCGGUGCUCACUGUUGUGUUUGGAGGGGCAAAGAUACGUCAAUGGAAGCACUGGGAGGACUCAAUUGCAAAAGAUAAUUAUGACAGCCAACACGUUCUUAAACCAAAGAUCACUCAUGUUCAUCAACAUGAUUUUAUCAAGAACAGAUUCUUGGGUUUGGAGAGACAUUCGAGAAUUUUGGGUUGGUUUCAUUCCUUUUGUAAGCAAUUUUAUGGUUCUGUGACCAAGUCAGAUUAUGUUGCACUCAGAUUGGGUUUCAUUAUGACACACUGCAGGGGAAACCCAAAGUUUAAUUUUCACAAGUACAUGAUUCGCGCUCUAGAAGAUGAUUUCAAGACUGUUGUUGGCAUAAGUUGGUAUUUGUGGAUUUUUGUGGUUGUAUUCCUGUUGUUGAACGUCAAUGGUUGGCAUACUUACUUUUGGAUAGCAUUUAUUCCUUUCAUUCUUCUACUUGCUGUUGGCACAAAGUUGGAGCACAUAAUUUCUCAGUUGGCUCAUGAGGUUGCUGAGAAGCACGUAGCUAUAGAAGGUGAAUUAGCAGUACAGCCUUCGGAUGAUCACUUUUGGUUCCACCGACCCCAAAUUGUCCUAUUCUUGAUACAUUUCAUUCUCUUCCAAAAUGCAUUUGAGAUUGCAUUUUUCUUCUGGAUAUGGGUUCAAUAUGGCUUUGACUCUUGCAUUAUGGGGCAAGUCCGUUACAUUGUCCCCAGGCUCAUCAUAGGGGUUUUUAUUCAGGUACUCUGCAGUUACAGCACCUUGCCGCUUUAUGCAAUUGUUACUCAGAUGGGCACCCAUUUCAAGAAGUCAAUAUUUGAUGAACAUGUGCAAGUUGGCCUUCUUGGAUGGGCUCAGAAGGUGAAACAAAAGAAGGGAUUGAAGGGUCCACUUGGUGGAGCGAACCAAAGAAAUUCAACUGAGGGUUCUAGCGCGGGAGUACAGAUGGGUGGAAUUGGGCGUAAGGAACCAGAAGAUGUAUAGCUUCAAAUGGCUUCUUGGAGAACUGAAGAGGAAUGUGUUGUACUUUGGGUUUAGUCUAAGAGCAUGUUUGUAGGAACUUCGUGUGUCACCAUUUGCCGAGUUGUUACUCCGGUGGCUUUUACCUUGACCAUUAUUAGGAAUGCCCGAACCUGAAAAAUCUGAUCCCGGGAUGGUAGCAUGUUUAUAAGAAUUUUUUUGUUUAUUGCGUUUACAAAGGUGCGAAUCUGAACGUCAUAUGAAACUGUGCUUGCUCAA